AUGGCAUCCAUGGCGGCUCGCAGAGUCUCUUCUCUGUUAUCUCGAUCGUUUUCAGCUUCAUCUCCUUCUCUGUUCCGUUCUCAAGGGAGAAAUGGUUACAGUGGAAGUAGGAUCGUAAGGAGAUUCGGAACCUCUUCUGCAGCUGAAGAAAUCAUAAGCCCAUCUGUUCAAGUCUCUUACACACAGCUCCUCAUCGAUGGGAACUUCGUAGACUCUGCUUCUGGUAAGACGUUCGAGACUCUUGAUCCGCGAACAGGGGAAGUCAUUGCGCACGUAGCUGAAGGAGAUGCAGAAGAUAUCAAUCGUGCGGUGAAAGCUGCAAGGAAGGCCUUUGAUGAAGGACCUUGGCCUAAGAUGACUGCUUAUGAAAGGUCAAGAAUAAUGCUGAGAUUUGCUGAUUUGGUUGAGAAACACAGCGAAGAGCUUGCGUCUCUAGAGUCAUGGGACAAUGGGAAGCCUUACCAACAAUCUUUAACAGCUGAAAUUCCAAUGCUCGCCAGAUUGUUCCGCUACUAUGCUGGAUGGGCUGAUAAGAUUCAUGGGAUGACAGUUCCAGCAGAUGGAAACUAUCAUGUUCAGACACUGCAUGAACCAAUAGGUGUAGCUGGACAGAUCAUUCCGUGGAACUUUCCACUUUUGAUGUUUGCAUGGAAAGUUGGUCCUGCUCUUGCUUGUGGUAACACCAUUGUCCUCAAAACCGCUGAGCAAACGCCUCUCACUGCUUUCUACGUCGGCAAGCUUUUCCUUGAAGCUGGUCUUCCUCCGGGUGUUCUGAAUAUAGUUUCUGGAUUCGGUCCAACAGCUGGUGCUUCACUUGCAAGUCACAUGGAUGUAGACAAGCUUGCUUUCACAGGAUCGACUGAUACGGGCAAAGUCAUACUUGGAUUAGCUGCUAACAGCAAUCUCAAGCCGGUGACUUUGGAACUUGGAGGGAAAUCACCGCUCAUUGUGUUUGAAGAUGCUGAUGUUGAUAAAGCUGUAGAGCUUGCACACUUUGCUCUCUUCUUCAACCAGGGGCAAUGUUGCUGUGCGGGGUCUCGAACAUAUGUUCAUGAGAAAGUGUAUGAUGAGUUUGUUGAGAAAUCAAAGGCGCGUGCAUUGAAACGUGUAGUUGGUGAUCCUUUCAAGAAAGGCAUUGAGCAGGGUCCUCAGAUCGAUUCAAAGCAAUUUCAGAAAAUUUUGAAGUACAUAAGGUCAGGUGUAGAAAGCAAUGCUACUCUUGAAUGUGGUGGGGAUAAGAUUGGAGACAAAGGUUACUUCAUCCAACCUACAGUCUUCUCUAAUGUUAAGGACGACAUGCUUAUCGCUCAAGACGAGAUUUUCGGUCCAGUUCAAUCAAUCUUAAAGUUCAGGGAUGUGGAUGAGGUGAUAAGGAGGGCGAACGAUACGAGGUACGGGCUAGCGGCAGGGGUAUUCACAAAGAAUCUGGACACAGCAAAUAGGGUUUCGAGGGCUUUGAAAGCUGGCACCGUUUGGGUUAACUGCUUCGACGUCUUUGACGCAGCCAUUCCCUUUGGUGGUUACAAGAUGAGUGGCACUGGCAGAGAGAAAGGUAUUUACAGCCUCAAUAAUUACUUGCAAGUCAAGGCAGUCGUCACUGCUCUUGAUAACCCUGCAUGGAUCUGA